UCAUUAUAAUGACCUUAACUAAUAGAGUGAGAUCCCAGUUAGCCUUAUCUGAGAUGUCAGACAGUUGACUCUGCACUCAAUUUGCAGCCAAUUCAGGGAUGUCAUUUUCUAUCUUCCUCCCACUGUACCAUUAGAAUUCAAAGAUCCAAUCUAACAUUUUUCUCUUUUAAGCCACUUCUUUUGGCUGGAACUAAUUCCAUCAUCACAUUCAUGAUUCAUCCACACAAACAUGGAUGAAAACGAUGUUCCUCCCCUUUUUCUCUGCCCCAUUUCCCUGCAGCUCAUGAGAGAUCCUGUCACUGUUUGCACAGGAAUCACUUACGAUAGAGAAAACAUAGAGAAAUGGUUAUCUUCAUGCAAGAACUACACUUGCCCUGUCACAAAGCAACCACUUUCACAACACACAGAUCUCACUCCAAACCACACUCUACAAAGGUUGAUCCAAGCUUGGUGUUCCCACAGUGCUUGUCUUGGAAUUGAAAAUGUUCCAACUCCAAAACCAACCAUUGACAAAACUCAAAUUCUCAAACUCAUCUCAGAAGCAAAGAGGUUCCCGGAAAAGCAACUCAAAUGCCUCAAAAGCCUUCAAUCUAUUGCUCUUGAAAGUGAAAGUAACAAACUCUGUUUGGUGUCUUCAGGGGUAAUACUAAUAGAUUUCUUGGCUUCAAUCAUGUUGAGUUGCAUCAGCCAAGAAGAUUCACCUCUUAAGAGUGAAGUUGCUAUUGAAGUCUUGUUUCAUCUUAAUCCAUGUGGGGCUCAGCUUAAGAAUCUGAUAAACAAUGAGGGUACUAUUCAAUUGAUUGAAGCUUUGUUUCAGGUUUUGAGGCAUGGAAAUUACAAGUCUAGGUCAUAUGCAACUAUGUUAUUAAAGUCAGCAUUUGAAGUGGCUGGACCAACCCAAUCAAGCAGUGUCAGAACAGAAUUGUUUGUGGAAAUAACAAGAUUUCUAAAGGAUCAGGUUUCAAAUCAGGGAUCUAAGGCAGCAUUGAAGCUUCUUGUGGAGUUGUGUUCAUGGGGUAGGAACAGAAUCAAAGCAGUAGAAGGUGGUUCUGUUUUAGUCCUCAUUGAGCUUCUUUUUGAGGUCUCUGAAAGAAGAUCAUGUGAACUCAUGUUGGCAGCUUUGGAUAAACUCUGUGACUGUGCAGAAGGAAGGGCUGAAUUCUUGAGCCAUGGAGCUGGAUUGGCCAUUGUGUCAAAGAAAAUUUUGUGGGUUUCUCAUGUGGCAAGUGAUAGAGGGGUUAGAAUUUUGAGCUCAAUUUGUAGGUAUUCAGCUACUACUAAGGUACUUCAAGAAAUGCUGCAAUUUGGGGUGGUGUCAAAGUUGUGUUUGGUGGUUCAGGUGGAAAGCAGUUUCAAGGCCAUGGAGACACUCAAAUUGCACUCUGGAGUUUGGAAGAAUUCCCCAUGUAUACCUCUCCCUUUGCUUUCAUUCCACCCAUGAUCUAGUCUAAUGGUCGCAUGUUUGGAUUAACUUAUUUUUUUCCUCAGAAUCAAUUAUGACAUUCGGAAGCUA